AUGACGCAAGCCGGAUCUAAGCUGAGGAGACUGGAGGCUCCUGAUCUGGGUUUGGUGUCGAUGAAGCGAGCCGCGGGAGCUCUGGAGGUCGGCACACCAUAUUACCAGGACGCACAGCUACAGGUCCGCAUCUACUGGAAGAAGAGAGGAGACGCUGCUGUGAACCGCUAUCACGUUCAGUGGAUGCCUGAAUACUGCAGCCACAACCGAAGCGGAGCGCCGCAGAAAUCACUGACUCAGGAGAACUUCAUCAAUCUCCCCGGUCUGCUGUUCUCCUGUAAGUACAGAGUCACCGUUCACGUGCUCAGCGCUAAACGACGCUCCAAAGACGAGAGCAUCAGCUUCCUGACGCCGUCCUGCGCGACUCUCCAGAGCAAGAGCGUCAAACCCAUCGCCUGUCCCGGAGACGCACCGCUGGCGAAGGUUUCGGUGAAGCCUGAGAAUCUGACGGCGUCCUUCAGCUUCCGCGACGGUAACGUGACGGCUCGUUUCCUCUGGAGGGUGUCGCGUUCGCAGCCGCUUCAGCCCGUCACUGGUUUCCAGGUCACGUGGGCGGAGGUUUCUAGUGCGAGCCGUCCGAACAGCCUUCCCAACAGCAUCAUUUCCCAGUCUCAGAUCCUGCCACCUGAUCGUAACCUUCUGGUCGUGUCCAACCUCCAGCCGGCCACUUUCUACAGGUUAGAGGUUCAGGUGAUCACCGCGGCGGGAGAAGGACCUGCGACAAAGAAGGUCUUCCAGACACCGCUUCAGCAAAAAGCUCGUCUUCAUCAGCAGCAGCAGCAUCAGAAGUCUUCAGCUGAGAAACACUGAAACGGUCAGAAGACGCAACACAGCGUGCAGCUAAUCGCAGCUUUCGACAGACCCGAAACCACAGAUAUUCAGCAUCUGCUCUGAACGCCUCACCCUUGUUCUCUCCUCAAGCUUUGUGGUUUUCAUUGCAAUGACUUUGAUUUUGAAAUAACCCUGAAUUCUCGAGCAACAGCAAUGUUUUAUGUGUGAAUUUACAUCAUUUAAGAAAGUUAAUGUCAACGGGUGAGGUAAAUCUUGGCAAUUUAGUCAUACUACAGUUGAGGUCAAAAGUUUACACCCCCCUUUCAGAAUCUGCAAAAUGUUAAUUAUU